AUGGCGCUCGGCGUGGACGCACUGCCCGUGACCGUGGCACCCCAGUCGCUCGUCAAAGGUCACAAGGAGCGCUCCUGGACCGAGCCUGCUGACGAGGCAGCUCAGUGCCUCGUUUCCAUGUCGGCCGUUCACAACUCCCUCGGCAGCAGCACCAUUGCUCAAACCGGAAGCAGCGUGGCCACCUCAGCAAGCACAGGCGCAGCAUCCACAUCGCCUUCUCCUCGGCCACCGCCGGCUCGUGCACCACACAGCAAGCCGGACCGACUAUCUCUAGCGUGUGACAUCUGUCGGAAGCGCAAGGUACGAUGCGAUGCGCGUCAGCCCAAGUGCACCAACUGCGUACGUCGUGGUGAUGUCUGCGUAACCUCGGACCCAAGACGGGCAGGUGCACCCGUCACAACACGAAAGAAAACCACUCGGCGUCACACAGGGCCGCCAGUCAUCUCGAGCAGGGACCGCCUGCUAGACCGCGAGGCUCAACAGCACGGUCAGCGUGACUCGCUCUCGCAAGCACGCCGUGACAGCCUACUCGGUCACUCCGCACUUGAAUCGGACUCUGACGACAGCAAAGAUGACCCACAAGACCAAGGAGGAGAUGGCGAUCACACGUUCAGUGCAGACCUCGAUCCUAGUCUCAAUGAUCAUGCAUUUGCGCGUCCUCGGAUGCCCUCGCAGUCCGCCUCUGAUAUCUCUGUUCCCUUGGCCUCGGCGCAGCAGCACCGUCAACCCGAGCAAGCAGAUUUCUCAUCGCAGCAACAGCAAUGGCUAGCCCAGACUCACUCACAAUUGCUUCAGACAUUACCCAUCGAUGUUGCUUCCGGAAGCAGCCCAGCCUCUGUUGGGUCCAGUACACAUCUCAAACGCACAUCCAGCACCGCAUCGCAGGUCCGGAACCGCAAUAGAAACAACAGCAGUAGCAACCGUCGAGACACCGAGCUUCCCACUUGGGUGUCGCGAGCCUACAAAGAGGUUUCGGCAGAGCAAGCACCCAACAUUGACCAAGCUCAAACAACAGACCAUGAUGACAUGCAAUCUCAGCACAACGACGCUGAUGCAGCAACCCCCGACGUGGUCAUCAACACAAAUGGCUCACCCAACAAAUUCAAGGUGUGGGGCGGUAGCAGCCUUCAAUACCUGUUCAAGUUCACCGAUGUCUGCCUGGCCGGCUACGGGUUCGAUGCAACUGCUCCGCUCUUUCGGCACGGUAUGACGCAGAGUGAUGAGUUUGACAUGCCCUUGUUUCCGACGCUGCCAAACCUUCCAUCGCGAUCGGUCGUGUCGCGUUGCGUCGAUGCCUUCUUUCAACGCAUCUGGCCCAUCUUUCCUGCUAUCGACCGUGACUCAGUGCAAGCCGAUGUCGACUCGUUCCUUUCCCUCCAAGAGGGCGGCGACAUGCUGCCUACAUCUACGCAGCAGAGAAGAACCGGACUGCAAGAUCGGAUCCAAGCAAGCCACGCACCCUGUCUCGCUACCAUCUACGGCAUCAUUUGCCUUGGCAUCAACGAGACGGCUCCCCGGGAUUCGAGCUCACCUUCGCCGUCCGGCCACAGCACUGCAAUGACCUACUUGACAGGAUGCUACAGCCUGCACGCCCAUCUGACUGCCAUACCGUACCAAUCGAGCGUACAGGCACUAUUUCUACUCGCCCUCAGUCUUCGAGCUUGUGGCAAAGACGGUCAGUCGUGGUACAUCUUGGGGCUUGCCCUUCGACUCGCAAUGUCUCUAGGUCUACACAAGAGCGUUGAAGCAUCCCAAAACCAAGAUUCGCAGCUCCAGGGCUCUUGCAGCCUCCGACGUCGUCUGUGGUGGUCGUGCUGUUCUCUAGAACGGCUGAUACAGCUUGAGUGUGGCCGACCCUCUAGCAUCGGCUCGACGCAUGACUACGGGUCGGUAGAGGAGGACCUCAGCAUCCGCUUGCCAGGGUUCGGACCUUGGCAACCGGAUCCCCCGCAUUCCGGGUCCGACAGUCACGAAAGCUCGCCGCCCACCAAUGACGAUUGCAGCGAGGAGAGUAGCAGUCAGCACGACACGGGUCGGCUGUUUGCAGCCUGGGUCUCGCUGUCCGCGAUCAUGGGCCACAUUUCGGACCGGUUCUACAACCACCGGUUUGGGCAUGCGAUCGAGCUGCUCGGCGAGACGGCACGCCUCGCGCAUUGCCUCAAGAGGUGGGAGGCUGCGCUGCCCGAGGCGCUGAAGCCGCAGAACAGCUCUUACGGUGCAUCGUUCGGUAACAUGGAGGUCGCGAUUGCGUUUUUGGCGCAGCAGUACUACCACGCAAAGAUGGCUGUACUCCGUAUCGCCAUUCUGUUCCCGCAAGAGAGUUUCCAGAAAGAGGUCCAGCUGCGUUCGCUCGAGCUGGCUGAGAUCCGGCAGCUGUCCGGUGCCGCUUCGCAGUGUGUGAGUGCAGCCCGCAGCUUGAUCAUGCUGACGCUGCAACUCGCAGACGCAGGCAUCCAUUCGAGUCUGAUCGGGGCCCAGCAGACGUUCUUGUCCAGCAUCGUGCUUGCACUCAGCAUCUUGCGCAGUCCACGUAGCCGGCUCGUCGGCUCGGACGUCGAACUGCUCACAGAGGCGACGAGCUUCGUCGAGGCCGGCUACAAAACCUGGGGUUACCCAUCUACCUACCUGGCCAUCCUGUCAUGUCUCCGAGAGCGGACCGCUGCGGUCUCGAAAGGACAUGUCCAGCUAGCAAAACCGUCGCGGCCGGCUGCGAUACAGUAUGAAGCGCAGCGUCGAAGAACGAGCUCCACCUUUCUCCCGCACUCACUUUCCACUCCAGCUGGCCACAGCAACGACCACCUACCGCGGGAGCAGGCAAAUGGGGACAACGCAGAAUCCUGCCACGCUCGCUCAGCACAGGCUAGUGCAAUCUCAUCUCUUGGAUCGUCAGUCGCGAUCGACAGCGUCAGCGAUGCAGGCCCGAGCAGCUUAUUCCCGUUCAACACCGAGAGCGGCUUGGAAGCGUUCACCAGUAUGGAGUUUGACGACUUUUGGGACAUCCUCAAGGCCGAUAUCUUCACGUAG